CGAUUUCAAAAAAGAAUGUUGUAGCAAAAAAAAAAAAAAUUAAAAAGGGUUAAUUUUAUGAAAUACAUAAGAUUAUUGAAUGAACCACUUGUCAAAAUCGAAACAGCCAUUGUCUUUUUAAAAUUAGGGUUUAUUCCCGAAUUAAGUUACCCAGCGACGCACAUUGUCAUUGAAUGAACUGUAUGAUUAAGAACAUGAUCACAAGCUUGCAAUUGCUGCUCCUUUUGCUUAAUAAUCUGAAAUGAAAAGAUUCGUCGGCCACUGGUAACUCGGUUUCAUGGCGUCGCUCUCUCUCUCUUUCUAGGUCGCAAGAACUCUGCGUUUACUAAGUGUGCUUGAAGAAAUAGGUUAUACAUAUUUAUUUAUACUCAAAACAUUGUGAUGGAUGAAAUGAUUAUGUUAGAUGACAUUUUACCCAUUGAAAUUGCUCUCCAAAGGGAGAUGGAACGUAGAAGGAAAGUUGGAAAACCCUUAAGUCUGCGUGAUUGUGACGAUCACGAGAAUGGUAAAAGUGUGAUGGAUGAUGAAGAGUUUAUUGUGUUGGAUAACUUGAUGCCUGUUAAAAUUGCACUUGAAAGGGAGAUCGAGUAUAGGAGGAAGAUUGAAGCAUUUGAAGGGAAACCGGAAUAUCUGCAGAUUCUGCACCACCCUAAUGAUCAAGCUCCCUGUUUACCAACGGAAGAGGCAUUAUUCGUUCCAAUUGUGCCCACUAAAAAGAGAAAAGCUCCAGAAACCGCAUCUGGAAUAAUGAAGCUUGGAAAGAAUCUACAAUCAUAUGAAAAGAAAGCUGAUUUCCUCUCUUGCUCGGCUUGCAAGGUGUCGUUUUCUACAGUAUAUAAUCUGAAGCAUCAUACUGGAAGUAGCUCCCACAAAGACAAAUUACAAUUGCUGAAAGCAAAUGGAUACCAUAUGAGCAACCCUCUUACAUGUGAGUUAUGUAAUGCCAAAUGCUCAAGUGAAAUCCCUCUAGAAAGUCAUCUUAUAGGGACCAAACAUUUAUCUGCUUUGGAAAAACUCCAAGCCAUGAGGCUGGCUAGUGGUUAAUAGUAGGAAAAGUCUUUCUUUUUUGAAAAAUCAUCAUAUGUUGUUUAUUUAGCCAAUUAGAAUAUAACUUUGACAAAGUUUAUUAUAAUAAUAAUAAUAACAAUAUUGGGGGCUUUUGAGUCAAGAAAUGUGAAUGAGGGUCCCAUUGAUAUGUAGUUAGCCAAAUCUUCCACUAGUGUUAGUAAGUGUCCCUCAUUUUCCCAUGAUGGUGACAAUUGGAUACUAAAGGGACCACAUUAGGUCUAACUUACAUCCAUUAAUCCUUAAUUUCAAACUCACAUUUAUCUCUACAAACAAAUCAA